GAUUCAAUCAUGCGUUCCUGAGACCCUCUCUGCUAAUUCGCCGUGACGUGGGCGUGGACCUGACAGUGGAAGGCAUCCAGUCCGUACAGUGACUAUCAACGCCAUCGCAGGAACGGCGCUGAGGCUGCAGAGUGCGCGCUGAUGCGAUGCGUGCAUGCUUGAGUGAUCAAGCGAUGCUCCCCCGCCAGAGAAGGGACCGCACAGCAGAGACGCAGAGACAGUCCAUGGCUCGCUUCAGGGCCCGCAAAGAUAUAUAAAGAGGGGGGUCUGGAGGGUGGAUAGGCCUCUCCUCAUCCAGCUCAACAAGCAACCCAAGCCUUCUUUCCAACCAACCACUCCAACCAGCUACUCUCUCGCACACUUUCAAUAUGAAGUUCGCUGCUGCUGCCCUCAUCGCCGCCCUCGCCGGCACCCAGGCCGUGAGCGCCAUCAACGUGUGGGCCACCUUCUGCGCCAACGCCGAGGGCACCGACAACUGCUCGACCGACUUCCAGGUGUCGAACCCGGGCUGCUUCAGCGUCAGCCCCGACAGCGCCAAGUACGUCAAGUUCCACGCCGACGGCGGCUUCCAGGACCCCUUUGCGGGCAAGACGUACUCGCUCAUCGUCUCGCCCCAGGGCGGCUGCAACUGCCAGUCGAACAAGCAGGUCUUCCCUCCGGACCAGGUCGGCACAAAGGGCCCCAACGUCAUCCAGCUCAACGACGGCGUCGCCUCGCAGCCCUCGUACCGCUUCAUCAGCGGCGGCGGCGACGACAACAACUGCUAGGCUUCUUUCACUAAAUCUUCCACUACUCUCAAAGCAUCCUCUACUAUUUCAUG